CCUGUCACUAGCCACACCAGAAGAAGAUCAUGGCACUGAGGGGGCCACUUCUUCAUCCUUCUAUGGGCAUCUUGUGCUUUGCCAGCUUGCCCCUGCUGGUGCCACUGGUCCUGGGCACGGGAUGGGUAAGCAGGGGCAGGAGUACUCGAGAUCUGCUGGAGACGGGGAGCAGAGUUGAUAUGGAUGCAAGACAGGAGGGAUAUUCUGCUUCUGCUGGUCUGCCUGGGAGAGCUCCAUCCAGAGAUCAGAUCUCGUUGCUCAGCACCUCGUUUGUGCUCAAAGGUGACGCUUCCCACAACCAGGCGAUGGUGCAUUGGACCGGGGAGAACAGCAGUGUGAUCCUGAUACUGACAAAAUAUUAUCAUGCUGACAUGGGAAAGGUUCUAGAGAGUUCUUUAUGGCGAUCAACGGAUUAUGGAACAUCGUAUACAAAGUUAAAUCUGCUGCCUGGUGUCUCAAGUGUGAUUGACAACUUCUACAUCUGUCCUACCAACAAGAAAAGGAUAAUCCUUGUCAGUUCAUCGGUCACUGAACAAUGUCUUUUCACAAGCAGCGACGAAGGAGCAACCUUCCAGAAAUAUAUUAUUACUUUCUCUGUGGAGACGCUUAUUUUUCAUCCCAAAGAUGAAGACAAAGUACUUGCAUACAGCAAAAAUGGCAACCUCUACGUUUCAGUACACUUUGGAAAGAAAUGGGAUCUGUUGCAAGAACGUGUAACUAAAGAGCACAUUUUCUGGUCUGUAGCUGGAGUUGAUACGGAUCCUGAUUUAGUUCAUAUGGAGCUUCAAGACCUUGAUGGAGGUUAUCGAUACGUGACCUGCCAGAUUCAAAAUUGCUCUGCCAAAGCACUAACAUUUCCAUUCACUGGAGCUAUCGAUCGAAAUUCUCUAACUGUACAGGAUGAUUACGUCUUCCUUAAGACAUCAGCAGGAAAUCAGAGCAGAUAUUUUGUCUCAUACCGGCGAAAUGACUUUGUUCAAAUGAAGCUUCCGAAGUAUGCACUCCCAAAGGACUUACAGAUAAUAAGCACAGAUGAAAACCAAGUCUUUAUUGCUGUUCAAGAAUGGCACCAGACAGAUACCUACAACUUGUACCAGUCAGAUCCAAAAGGAGUCUAUUAUUCUAUUGUUCUAGAAAAUGUGAGGAGCACCAAGCAACCAGAAGAGAAUGUUCUAAUCGACAUUCUAGAGGUUAGAGGUGUUAAAGGUGUUUUUCUGGCCAAUCAAAAAAUAGAUGGAAAGGUUACGACACUUAUCACCUACAAUAAAGGGAGAGACUGGGAUUAUUUAACGCCACCAAGCAUGGAUAUGAAUGGCAAACCAACCAACUGUAAACCACCUGAUUGUCAUCUUCACCUACAUCUCCGCUGGGCAGACAAUCCGUAUGUAUCAGGAACAGUUCAUACCAAGGACACUGCUCCAGGUCUUAUCAUGGGGGCAGGCAACCUGGGUUUGCAGUUAGUGGAGUAUAAAGAAGAAAUGUAUAUCACCUCAGACUGUGGCAACACAUGGAGACAAGUGUUUGAAGAGGAACAUCACAUAUUAUAUUUGGAUCAUGGUGGGGUUAUUGUGGCGAUCAAGGACACGUCUAUACCUCUGAAAAUUCUCAAGUUCAGCGUAGAUGAGGGACAGACAUGGAGUAUACACAAUUUCACCAGCACAUCUUUAUUUGUGGAUGGACUGCUGAGUGAACCAGGAGAUGAAACUUUAGUUAUGACAGUUUUUGGACAUAUCAGUUACCGUUCAGACUGGGAGUUGGUAAAAGUCGAUUUUAGAUCUACAUUCCCAAGAGAAUGCACAGAAGAUGAUUAUGAUUCCUGGAACCUUUCUACUCCUCAGGGUGAGCAUUGCAUUAUGGGCCAGCAGAGAAGUUUUCGAAAGAGGAAAACAACCUCUUGGUGCAUCAAAGGAAGAAGCUUUACAUCUACGUUGACCUCUAAAAUUUGCCAAUGUGAAAUAACUGAUUUUGUGUGUGAUUAUGGAUUUGAGCAUGAAACACAUCAGAAAUCUGAAUCCAGUAAAUGCUUUGCAGACUUUUGGUUUAACCCAGAAUCCCCACCUGAAGAUUGCACAUUAGGACAAACGUAUACAAGUACAACAGGGUACAGAAAAGUUGUAUCCAAUGUGUGUGAAGGAGGAGUUGAUCUUCAAGAAAACCUUUUUCGGUAUCAGUGUCCUUUAAUUGCUCCAAAAGGUUUGCGCAUCAGCAUUAAAGGCGACUCUAUAGCUGUGAAGCCUGGGGAAAACGUAACAUUUAUAAUUCAGCAGGAUCAGGGGGAUAUUUUGAAUACCAAGUAUCAGGUGGACCUAGGAGACGGCUUCAAAGCUAUUUAUGUGAACAUUACACUGACGGGAGAACCCAUACAGCACCGCUAUGAAAAUCCAGGAAUUUAUAGGGUGUCCGUUAAAGCUGAGAAUGUUGCUGGUCAUGAUGAAGCUGUUGUCUAUGUGCAGGUGAACUCUCCUCUUCAGGCAUUACAUCUUGAAGCUGUACCAGUCGUUGGCAAAAACCAGGAAGUGAAUCUGACAGCUUUUAUUCAGCCAACAGAUGCAAACAUGACUGUCUUCUAUUGGUGGAUUGGAGACAACUUGCAGCCGAUCCUUACGCUGGACAGUUAUCUGUUGACCAGGUUUGCAGAGGCUGGGGAGCAUCGAGUCACUGUUCAAGUGUCCUGUUGGAAUUCCAUGUUACAAGACUCCAAAGUAGUGAAAGUAUUUGAUGAAUUCCAAGUUAUUUCGUUGAAGUUCACCAAGCACUUAGAUAUGUAUAAUCCGAAUGUGCCCGAGUGGAGAGAAGACAUAGGUCAAACUGUGACUCGAAUUAUAGCAAAGGAAACAAAUAUACCUGAACCAACCCUUGUGACAGUUGUAAAACCAGGACUACCAACCACAGCUGAUUUGUAUAUACUUCCCCCCACAAACCAAGUGAAAAGGAAACGAAAUGUUCCAAAUGAUAAGAGAAUAACAGUGAUAAAACAAGCUCUGAAUGCACACAACAUCACAUUUUUCCUGAGAGGUGGAUUCUGGGUAUUAGUAACGCUACAUGAUUCUGAGUCAGACUCCCAGAGGAUUGGUGGAGCAGGAGGAUAUUGGGCUAUAUUGAUUAUAUUUGCCAUCUGUCUUGUUGCAGUUGGAGCUUUCAUCCUUUAUAAGUUCAAAAGGAAAAUGCCAGGAAGAAAUGUAUAUGCCCAGAUGCAUAAUGAAAAGGAGCAGGAGAUGACAAGCCCAGUUAAUCACAGUGAGGACACACAAAAUAUCAUCCAGGGGGAGGAGUUUAUUGAUGAUGACUUGGACACACAGACUUUAGGGAAUGCGAGAGGUAAUCACUCAGGCGUGGUUCUGAGUAUCCACUCAAGAGAAAUGCACAACUAUUUGGUUAGCUGAUGUUUACAGCUUAAGAAAAACAUAAAAAGACUUUGUUCUAUAUUGUUUUAUUUCUCCUUGGAACGUGGCCGGGAUCAGACAUGAACCACCCCAGGAAGUGACUGUCGUCUCUAACCAUUAUGAAGACAAAUGUUUAUUAGUGUGGAAGCCGAAAAACAAGACUUAAAUGUUUAAAUAUUUGUUUUCAAACAAUAGGCAAAAAGAAAAUUAUUAUAAUUCAUAUUCAAAUGGUAGAAAAUUUGUAACCCAAUACACAUUUUCUGCGUGUGUAUGCAGUUUAUUUCAUUUAUGUUUCCUUAUCUACAAAAAAACAAGCCUUUUUUCAUGAGUUUUAUUUAGAAUAAUGAAUUUCUCCAUCUUUUACAUGUUUUUUUUUAAUUUUUUUUUAAUUAUACCAGUUGUAAUAUAUACAAAUUACUUUGUAUAGUUUAUCGGUAAAACCUAACCUGACAUUUAGGUAAUUGUAUUGAAGUACUACGAUGAAAGAGUCAUACAUGCAGCAUUAUAAUGACAUGAACAGUGUUACAUAAAUAAGGAUCCUUAAAAAUCUGUCAAUGGACAGUGACCAUAAAGGCUAACAUUGUGUAGUAAAUCUAGUCCUUGGUCUUACUUUAAAGUUACUAACACCAGAAAGGUUCAUGUGGUCCAAUUUCCGGACCAUGUGCCUUCAAUAACUAUAUUUUUUUAAAGCCUCAUUUCUUGUCUUCCUACUGUCUCUGCAAAGAUUACUGGAUCUAAUCCAUUAUUACCCAUAACAUUUUAGUUUUUAUAAUUUAAAUAUUGGCUAUAAACUUCCAUCACAAAAACGGAGUCUAACACUGCAUUGUUGAAUCUAUUUACUAAAGUUUGAUACCAAUUGAAAUGUUUAGUGAAAUAGCAUAAGUAAUGGUCCUCUACCCUACGUACAAUUCAAUUUGUCUUGCUAAACUAUUAUUUGUAUCUAGACUGAUUUUUGUCUUAUAUGACAUUCCAAUACAUGUGAAUAGCCCCUUCUUAGAUUAAAGAUACCUGAAUUAUGUAGAUAACAGGGUUCAAACAAAAAAAAAUCUAAAAUGAACAGCUGUUUCACAGGCUUUUCAAGAACUUCAUGGCUAUGAAAUGAUAAAGUAUUAUUGAUGAAUAUUUAAUGUGUUAGAAUGCAGGUUAUUCAAAAUGAGGUCAUUUUUAAUAUAUUCAUUGUAUAUACCAGUUAUUAAUGGGAGAAUUGCAAAAGAUCUGUGUAGAAUAUAGAUGUUUACAGGCAUUUUUAAAUUGUGACUUUAUUAAUAAUUUGCAAAACUACUUGAAAACCCAGGCGUGUUUGUUUAACUUAUCUCUUUUAAUUUUGGCCCAUUAAGCCUACCCGUAAUUAAUUUGUGCCAACCUCUUUGUAGUAUGGUGCUCACUCAGACAAUUUACAGCACUUUGCAGCAUACAGAAUUUGACUUGCAUCUUUGCUAUGGAGCAUUUGAACAGGCACUUUUUGUUUGUUUUUUACAGCAAAAUUUAAAAAAUUUACGUAUAUUUUCAUACUGUUUAAUUUUGAUGAAUUAAUUGCUAAAUGAAUCUUGCAAUCACUGCCCCUUUAAAUAUUAAUAUUAAAUCAUGAUAUUUCCUAAGUUUUAGUACAUCUUUAAUUUACGAUUUUCAAAACAUUUAAUUGCACUCAUAAAUGCAAUUCUGAUUAUAACAUUUAAUUUGGCCCUGCUCCCUUAAUAGCUUAAAUCUAAUUAACAUAAUUGUGAAGCCUGCUUUGAUCUGUAUAUUGAACUUUUUAUUAAACCAGUUAAGGGUGUUUACUGAGUAUGCUCAAAAAAAUGUACAUGCAGCCAAGAAAAAGUGCCAAUGGAAACAUGUCAAGAUUGGGAUUUUUUAGGUCAAGGCUAUAUAAUUAGGUACAUUCAAAUAUCAUGCAAAAGUUAAUGGACCAGAAUAAAAAUAUAAAAUUCUCUCAAUGCAAAGUAUUGAUGAAAUUAACAGUUCAUAACUACUGGAAAACUGCACGAUAGCUAUGGUUUCUAAUUGUUUUCAAUUGGACUAUAAUGUCCUUGAAUUUGAAAAUCCUUCGCAGAGCACAGUUUUUUUCAUUGAAUAGAAUUAAGUCCUUUUGAUUGAAAAAAGGUAGUCUAUAAUAUUUCAAUGAAGAACUAAUAUGUUGACCCAUUGAAAGAUAUUAUUCCAAAUAUCUUUCUAUAUAUUGAUUCUAAUAGUUUAUUUUUUGCAACCUUCAUCUAAUCAAUGAAAGGGUCUUCAUCAAGCAAGAAUCAUUAAGCAUAAGCAUUUGUUUUUAAAUUGCCAUCUCUCUAAAUUAACUCCUUGGUUAUCAGACGGGACUGUAACUCAUUGCUAUGCAAUACACUGCAGCCCUCUUUAACUGCUUAACUGCCAAGUAGAUAAAAAGAGUCCUUGAAUGUCUCUGAGUCAAUUAUUUUCUCAGCCUCUAACUUUUGUAAUACUUGUCUGAGAGUAAGUCAAAGUGUAGUCCAGCAUAUAGUUGUGGUAAUGCCUAACAUUAACACAAUUAAAAGGCAAAGCCAAUAGGUAUGCACUUUGAAGUAUCCCGAGGAGAAUUUUCACUUGUGUCUUGGGUUAUAUUAUGUUUACAAAAUAACUUGAAUAUGUUGUAUUGCCUUUAAUACUUUACAGUAUCUAUAUUUAAUCACUGAAUCACAUUUACAGGUUUUUUUAUCAUUGUAGCUUUUUGGCAUUAACAGACUGCCACAUUAAAUGGAAACCCAUAGUUUUGUUUCUUGCUUGAAAACUUUGUACCCCAUAAAUGUACAAGUGUACCUUAUACUUGGUGUUCAGAAGAUAAAAUAUUAUCAAAGCCACAAUUGGUGGUCUGUGAAGUUGGUUAGCACAUGCAGACCAGUCAAUAUGGAUCCCCUCUGUAACUCAUUUGAUCCAGAGUAAAGCUGACAAAUUACACUUUUCAACUUUGUCUCAUAUGUUAAAGAAACAAACUAAUUAAUGAUACCCUUACCUCAACCUCUCAUUUAUUUGUAAAGCUAUGUAUAACCAGCUUUAUAGAUAUCUACUGUAUCUAUUGUACAAAAACAUUGGUUACAAAUAUCCUUGACUGCCAUAACUGUGAAAAUGUCAUUUAUGCCAGCAAAAUAAUUAUGUAUUUCUUACUAAAGCAUUCCAUUUGAAUACACUAUAUUGUUUUGUUUAUUUACUAAGCAAUUAUUGUCUGUGAUGUGAACAUUUUAUAUGCAGUGCAGAUCAAAGAGGUGAAAUGUUAGAGAAAUACUUACUUGCUCAAUUCUAUUAAUGUUUUUCUUGAAGCAACAUCCCAUAGAGAACUUUGCCUCAAAUCACCCUUUAAAUUGAGACUUUAAACUGUUUUAUAGCACAGUGAAACUUUUUGAAUACAAAUUGCAAAUAUUUGUUCAGUUUAUUUGCAAAUGUUUAUAUGUAUGGGAGGUUAGUAACAUUUCUCUAAAUUAUUAUGAAAUAAAAGGUGAGAAAGGAAUUUUA